AGGCUGGCAUGUCCCAGGUGGGUCACAUUCAAAUUCUCAUGGCAGGAACUGGCGGCUGCUGAGCGUGCUAAGCGCCAGGCCCAGCAGGAGCGGGAUGAGCUGGCCGAUGAGAUCGCCAACAGCAGUGGCAAAGGAGCUCUGGCUGUGGAGGAGAAGCGGCGACUGGAGGCCCGCAUCGCCCAGCUGGAAGAGGAGCUAGAGGAAGAACAGGGCAACACGGAGCUGCUCAAUGACCGACUGAAGAAGGCCAACCUGCAGAUCGACCAGAUCAACACCGACCUGAACCUGGAACGCAGUCAUGCCCAGAAGAAUGAGAACGCACGACAGCAGCUGGAGCGCCAGAAUAAGGAGCUCAAGGUCAAGCUUCAGGAGAUGGAGGGCACUGUCAAGUCCAAGUAUAAGGCCUCCAUUACCGCCCUCGAGGCCAAGAUUGCACAGCUGGAGGAACAACUGGACAACGAGACCAAGGAGCGCCAGGCAGCCUGCAAGCAGGUGCGCCGGGCGGAGAAGAAGCUGAAGGAUGUGUUGCUGCAGGUGGAUGAUGAGCGGAGGAACGCGGAGCAGUACAAGGACCAGGCUGACAAGGCAUCCACCCGGCUGAAGCAACUUAAGCGGCAGCUGGAGGAGGCUGAGGAGGAGGCUCAGCGGGCCAAUGCCUCACGCCGGAAGCUGCAGCGUGAGUUGGAGGAUGCCACGGAGACUGCGGAUGCCAUGAACCGCGAGGUUAGCUCCCUGAAGAACAAGCUGAGGCGUGGGGACUUGCCGUUUGUUGUGCCACGACGAAUGGCCCGAAAGGGCACUGGUGACUGCUCCGACGAGGAGGUGGAUGGCAAAGCAGAUGGGGCUGAGGCCAAGCCUGCCGAAUAGGCUAAGAUGGAUGGACAGACAACUCCACCUCCCUUCCUAGCCCCCACAGCACCUCUGCCUCACAACUGCUGUGACCAUGAUCUCCCCACCUCCCCCACGCCUUGUUGAGGGCAUUGGCUUCCCUGUGCAGCCCCUCCAGCUCCCCUCCUACCCUCUGAGAAGUGAUACCAAAGAGUCCAGGCCGGGUCCAGGCCCGGGGAAAGAGUGACCAGCAGGGGCUCGCCCAUCUUGCCUAAAACAGGUGGUGGGGCAAGAAGGGCGGCCACUGGGGUGGGCAUGAGACUUUUCUAUAAAUCUAUUUUUCUUCAGACUGAAGGAGUUUUGAUAGCCCAAACCCCCAGAAGUGUCGUCACCUUCCCCCACAUCUGCCACCAGCUCUUCCCUCCUCCUCCCUCCUCUGCUGUUGGCAAUCACACACGGUGACCUCACACCUAUGCCCCACUGCCCCCCACUCCCCUGGACUCUGCGUGGUCUGGAAGGAGCAGGUUCAGGGCUCCAUCUCUGUGCAGGGCACAGAACACUGGGUGAACAGGGAAUUCCUCCCACCCUCUCUGGGCAGCACCAUUGCCCCUUCCUGAUUCUAAAAUAUCUCAAGUGCAAUGCCUCCUCCCCUGCUUGCCGAGGGCAGCCUGCCCCACCCUGCCCUACUACAGUGAGGCCGUUGGGGCCAUGCUGGGAAGGCCAGCAGUCUUCCGGUUGCUUCUCCCAACACUCUCGGGGACCAAACGUAUUUAAUGGUUAAGGGACUUGUCCCAAGUCUGGCAGCCAGAGCAUCAGAGGGCUGGUGGCCCUCCUUGCGAUCUUGUGCCUCCUCUAGGCCUGGGGCCAGGGGCAGCUGAUCUGCACUGGUGACUCAGUAUACUUUAAAAUCUGCUGCCUGCACAGAUAUUUUUGAAAGAAAAAAAUGUUUUCUUCUUAUUCCCUUUUCUUGUAAUAAAUGAUGCAGUUCUGAGUCUUUAUCACUGCCUUUCCUUUGGAACCGUGUUUAGAAAAGUGGCUUGUCCUACACUGGUCCACACUGGUUGCUGAAUUUCUACUCCUAACUGUUUUGUAUAUGCUGCAUUUAGACUUACUUAUAGCAAGAAGGCAUUUUUUUAAACAGAAACAAACUCAAUGAAUCAUGAAGCUAUAUAAAAGCUACAUGCGCCUAAAAAGCUCUGAAUUCAGGUUCCAGUUGCUGUCACAGGAGUGAAUGGAACUCCCCAUCCCCUUUUCUAUAAUAAAAGUGCCUUAGCAUGGGUUGCAGCUGUCACCACUACAGUAAGCUGGUUUACAGGUGUUUCCACUGAGCGUCACAAUAAAGAGUACCAUGUGCUAUGA